AUGGACGUGGAAAAUGAAAAUGAAGAAGAGAACACCAAGCAGGAGAACAUCGACAAGGGGAGCUCCCCAUCUAAGGUCAAAGGUCACAGCCCAGAGAUCAGUCAAGAAGGCAGCACCAAAAAGAAAAGCCCUCCUGCUGGUGGAGAAGGUCGUAGGUCAAAGUCGCCCAAAGGUCACCCAAAGGUCAAAGGGAAGGAAUCGCCAGCAAAAAGCGAGGAAAGCAAAAAAAGGAAACCGACCACACCUACCAAGUCUGACAAUGUGGAAGAACAUGAUGUGCCUGUUUGUACGAAGAAAAAAGGCCCCUCUGGUUCACCAGGUUCCAGCACAAGGCCAACCUCUCCCAAAUCUUCAGAGACAUCAGAUGGUAAAAAGGAUUCAGCAGACAAAGUUAGUCCCAAAAGAGCCAAGAGCAUGUCCCCAAAAGGGGAAGGGAAUAAUAAAAGGAGAAAGACCCCAACCAAAAGUAAUUCUCCAAAAUCUACAAGUCCUGGCAUUCUUAUAUCACCUUCUAAAGACCUUCUUCUCAAAGCAAAACCAGUUAUUGAGGUGGAGGAUAUAAAAAGUCCAAGUAAAGUUAAAAGGGAAAGGAACCCAGCUGUAUUAACUGAGUCAAGUCCCAAAAGGAAGACGGGUGCUGGGAAUAAGUCACCUAAAAUGUCAAAAAGUCCUGAAGAAGGAAAGAAAUCUGCAAAAACAACCAGUCCCAAAGUCAAAACUAAAAAAGAAACCCAAGGUCAGGUCAAGGUCACACCUGAUAGGAGUCCAUCAAAAGAAGACAAAAUACCGCAAGAGUUGGAGCCUCUGGAUACUAAAACAGGAGAAUUACGAAAAAGUCCUGGAGAAAAAAUAGAACAUGGGAAUAAGAAAGAUCUGCCUAAAAUUCAGCAAGAACCAAAGGCUUCCCCAGAGAAGAAGUCUAAAAGUAAGGCCUCAAAACUUCCAGAGACUGCAAAGUUAGUUGAUGAAGGAGAUGAUGAAGGAAAAACUGCCCAGGGAAGCUCAGCAAAAACUACACCCCCUGCUGGAAAAGGGAAAGGUACAAGAAAUAAAACACCAGACAGAAAGAAAACAGGCAAAGGUGAAAGUGUCGGAAAGAGUGCAAAGCAGAAAAGUCCAGACGGUAAGAAACUUGCCAAAGAAGACGAUGAAAAGAAUGGAAAAAUGAAAACACAUGAUGGAAAGAAACCUGAGAAAGAUGAAUAUGUGCAAAAAGGAUCAGAUCCCAAGAUUCCAGAGGGAAAGAAACUUGGAAAAGAUGACAGUGGAAAAGAGAAGGAUUCACAACCCCCAGAAUCAAGGAAAAAGACAGAAAAUGUUAUAUCAAAAAAAGGUGAUGAGGAGUUCUCUGACAAGGAAGAAAUGGAAGGUACUAAAAAAACAGAAGAAUAUGACCCCCUCCCAAAACCGACUUCAAGGAAGGUAAAUGAAAAUGAAGAUGAAAAGAAAAAUGUUCUACCUGAGGAAUACAAGCUGUGCUCUGAAGAAGCUUCAGCUUGUCCUGGGGCAAAAGAAUCGAUACCAUGUGACCAAGAGGAGCCCAAGUCUAAGCAAGUAAAGCCUUUGGUUCCAGAUGCUAAAGAGGACCAGGAAAUUAAAACUGAUGAAAACCACUAG